GACGCGGAGCGGUCAGCUGUUGUUGUGGUUGUCAACAUGUCGCAGACAGGCGGUAAACAACCGGUAAACAACCGGUAAACAACCGGUUGACGGACAGCGGCUGUGGUACGGUUUUGGCGGGAGAAUGGAGGCGUUCAGUAAGCUAACCAACAUGCUGCUGCACGCGCUGGAGACGGUGAGUUAGCAGCUAGUUAGCAUUAGCACAGCUAGCUUCUGUUAGCACAGCUAGCUUCUCAAUAGAGCUACAGACAGACAGUUAGUGUGUCUGUCUCUCUGAGGACAGACAGGUUGAGACUUACUCAUUAAAGUUAAUGAAGCUAACGGCUAAAGCUAACAGCUGUUUACCUGCAGCAGGUGAGUGGUGACGUGGAAGACAGUCUCUGCUGGUUCCAGCUCAUUGAUUAUCGAUCAGAGAACAUAUUAUAUCUCAGUAGGAAUCAAUAAAUGAUCAUUAUCAUUUAACGAAAUAAAGGAAUAAAUAAAAACUAAUCAAUAUAAAGAGUUAUUGAUUUCCUGUCAUUCAAAUAGUUUUUAGCUUUAAUUUAACAUAAACUCUUUUUAAUGAUUAAAUAUAUUUACAGUGUAAAACAACAAUGAUCAAUAAAUACAGUUAUUUUAAUGGUAAAGUUAUAAAACUGUAAUAAAGUCUUUAGUAAUUAUUGUUUACACUGAUAAACAACAUUUAUUAUUAUUAUAUGAAUUUAUAAUAAUUAUAUUAAUUUAGAUAUUCAUUAAUUAAAGGUUAACUAACUAAUUAAAGUUAUUCAUUGACACUGUUAAUGUCACUAAUGUUUAAUCUCUGUCUGUACCUGUCUGUGUGUCUGUACCUGUCUCUCUCUGUACCUGUCUCUGUACCUGUCUGUGUGUCUGUACCUGUCUGUCUCUGUACCUGUCUGUGUGUCUGUACCUGUCUGUCUCUGUACCUGUCUGUGUGUCUGUACCUGUCUCUCUCUGUACCUGUCUCUGUACCUGUCUGUGUGUCUGUACCUGUCUGUGUGUCUGUACCUGUCUGUCUCUGUACCUGUCUGUGUGUCUGUACCUGUCUGUGUGUCUGUACCUGUCUGUCUCUGUACCUGUCUGUGUGUCUGUACCUGUCUGUCUCUGUACCUGUCUGUGUCUCUGUACCUGUCUGUCUCUGUACCUGUCUCUGUACCUGUCUGUGUGUCUGUACCUGUCUGUACCUGUCUGUGUGUCUGUACCUGUCUGUCUCUGUACCUGUCUCUGUACCUGUCUGUGUGUCUGUACCUGUCUGUGUGUCUGUACCUGUCUGUCUCUGUACCUGUCUGUGUGUCUGUACCUGUCUGUGUGUCUGUACCUGUCUCUCUCUCUACCUGUCUGUGUGUCUGUACCUGUCUGUCUCUGUACCUGUCUGUCUCUGUACCUGUCUGUGUGUCUGUACCUGUCUCUCUCUCUACCUGUCUGUGUGUCUGUACCUGUCUGUGUGUCUGUACCUGUCUCUCUCUCUACCUGUCUGUGUGUCUGUACCUGUCUGUGUGUCUGUACCUGUCUGUCUCUGUACCUGUCUGUGUGUCUGUACCUGUCUGUGUGUCUGUACCUGUCUCUCUCUCUACCUGUCUGUGUGUCUGUACCUGUCUGUCUCUCUACCUGUCUGUGUGUCUGUACCUGUCUGUCUCUGUACCCGUCUGUCUCUGUACCUGUCUGUGUGUCUCUGUACCUGUCUGUAUGUCUGUCUGUACCUGUCUCUCUCUCUACCUGUCUGUCUCUCUCUCUCUCUGUAUCUGUCUGUCUCUCUCUCUGUACCUGUCUGUCUCUCUGUACCUGUCUGUGUCUCUCUGUACCUGUCUGUGUGUCUCUGUACCUGUCUGUCUCUCUGUACCUGUCUCUCUCUGUACCUGUCUCUCUCUGUACCUGUCUGUAUGUCUCUCUGUACCUGUCUCUCUCUCUGUACCUGUCUGUGUGUCUGUCUGUAUCUGUCUCUCUCUCUGUACCUGUCUGUCUGUCUCUCUGUAUCUGUCUCUCUCUCUCUGUGCCUGUCUCUCUCUCUGUACCUGUCUUUGUGUCAGAGGGAGCCCACAGUGGAUCUGUUGGACUCGUUUGUGGAUCAUUGGAAAUCAAUAACAAAUUAUUACAUCGAGACAACAGACGACAGUCGUCCUGUCAGACAGACAGAUAUCCCCUGGCGGCUCAGACAGAUGUUGGACAUCCUGGUGUACGAGGAGAAACAACAGGGCGUGGAGGAGACCGGUUCCUGUAUUGAGUAUCUGCUGCAGCACAAACUGUUGGAGACUCUGUGUACUCUGGGAAAGGCUCAGUAUCCUCCAGGUAUGGUUCAGCAGGUGCUGUUGUUCUUCUCCAGGUUGUUGUCUCAGAUGCAGAAGCCUCUCCUGCAGCUGGUCAACGUGUACCGACCUGUUCAGAAGCUGAUUCGUCUCUGUGCACUUCCUGGUUCCAACACUGAGAAGGAGGAAGCUCAGUUCUUAUUGGCCGUCUGUUCCAGAGUCAAACAGGAUCCGCACACACUCAGAUACGUCUUAGAGAUUCUGGACCAACCAGCAGCCAGGACACCCACCUCUGACCAAUCACAGCUCUGCACACAAGCCUCCAAUCACAGGACAGAACCACCACUGCCCUCCAGCCAAUCAGGUUCAUCUGUCUGUAGCCACGUCCAAUCAGAGUCUGGUCUGCUGUCAGUUCUGCUGCAGCUCACUAAGAGUCAGAGGGGCUCGGUGUGUCUGAAGGCCUAUGAGUGCCUCCUGCUGCUCUCCUCCCUCCAGUCUGGAUCUUCAGGGGAGAUUCUGUGUGAUCACACCCAGCUGGCAGAGCUGCUGGCUGGGAGGCUGCUGGAGCUUUACUCCCUGCUGCCUCUGGAAAAUCUGGAUCCUGGAGAGGUUCAGAACUGGCCUCACACACCGUGGAGCUCUCAGUUCUCGCGCUGUAGCUCUGAACUCAGCUCAGAGUCUGCUGAUCACAUGACCAACUUCUUCUCCUGGUUCGACUUCCUGGAUCACCUGACGAGAGAAGCACCUGAGCAGGUGUUAGCAGUGAAGCUAGCCCAGUGUGUUCAUCAGCUGUGGUUGUUGGAUGUUGUUCAGCCUCAGCUGCAGCACACGUGUGAGCAGGUGGUCCUGGUCUGUACCUCGGUCCUGUGUGCUGUGGUCAGACUGGUUCAGUCCUGGACUCUGCUGGAUCAGCUGGUUCACUUCCUGCUGAGGACGCACUCACUGACUCACCUGCUGCUGCAGCGCUGUGACCACAUCUCUGACCAGAUCAGUAUGGUGUCUCUGUCUCUGGUGGACGAGCUGCUACAGAAGCCUCACAGGGACAUUCUGGAUGUCCUGGUGUUGAGUUUCCUGCAGAGUCGUAGUUACCUGUCUCCACCUGCUGCAGGACAGGACGACAGACACACUGAGACCAACGAGGACAGCGAUGACCUGGAGGAGGACCCAUUCUUCUUCUCUGACAGCUUGGUGUCAGACAGUGAGCUGCUUCCUCCUCCUCUUCCUCAGUUCUCUGCUCUUCCUCAGUCUGUACUGGGAUCAGCUGCUGACGUUGUCAACAGCUUCCUGUGUUUAGUUCCUGUUCAGGUUCGCUCAGCUCAGCUGCUGCAGGAAGGAGGAUACGAGUCGUACGUCCACGACGCUCACACUCUGGUGACUCAGUGUCAGUCUCUGUCUCUGACCUGGGAUUGGCCGCUCAGUCUUCCUCCCUCCUCCUCCUCUUCCUCCUCCUCCUCCUCAGGUGAGCUGGAGUUCCUCGAAGGUCCUCUACUGAAGGUCCUGUUCGACCGACUGGGACGCGUCCUGGAGCAGCCGUACGAGUUGAACCUGCAGCUGACUUCCGUUCUGUCCCGACUGACGGCCUUCAGACAUCCUCUGCUGAACGAGUACCUGCUCAACCCCUACAUACACCUGUCUCACUGCGCCAGGUCACUCUUCUCUGUCCUCAUCAGGCUGAUGGGGGAGUUGAUGCAGAGGAUCCAGUCUGUCUCCAACCUAACAGACAGACUGUUGAACACCAGGAGACACCUGCUGGGACUGGACCACAGCACUGGACUGGAGCAUCAGACUCUGCUGAGAGGACUCAUUGUCCUGGAGGAGUUCUGUAAGGAGCUUGCCGCCAUCGCCUUCGUCAAACUGCCCCUGGACCCCAGUGACCCACCUGAACCACCUGAGACAUCUGAGACAUCUGAGACAUCUGAGACAGUUAAUACGAAGAGACAGAAAAAGGCUGGUUCCACAGGAGAGGAGCUGACAGACAGACAGACAGACAGACAGACAGACGCACAGCAACAACAGUAUUGGCAAUGGCAGUCAAGCAGGACCAUGGCAGGAGGCUCCACCAGGAUCCAUGAGAACCUGCGAGACGAGAAAACACAAGAACUCCGGGGAAGAAGUGAAGUUAGUAACAUGCAUUAAUGGGACAUGAAUGAGUGCAGAAAGAGAGAGGAAGAGAGUAGCUCAGUGCACCAUGGGAAAUCCCCCGAUAGUCUAGGCCUAUAGCAGCAUAACUAAGGGAUGGUUCAGGACUCACCUGAUCCAGCCCUAACUAUAAGCUUUAUCAAAGAGGAAUGUCUUAAGCCUACUCUUGAAUGUGGUGAGGGUGUCUGCCUCCCGAACCACAACUGGAAGCUGGUUCCACAGGAGAGGAGCUUGGUAACUGAAGGCUCUGGCUCCUGUUCUACUUUUAGAGACUAUAGGAACCACAAGUAGCCCAGCAUUCAGAGAACGUAGUGUUCUA